AUGGAUGAAAGCCGUGACAAAAUAUACGAAGCGUUACGGCCGCGCGAAAUCAGGCUCCUAUCUCUCAAGCCCUCUCUUCCAGACGAGAACAUCGAAUGCUCCCUGAUCAUAGCUGGAUUGGAUCAACCGCUUUCGUUUGAUGCUCUGUCAUACGUUUGGGGACCCGAGGCGCCGACUGAAGAGAUACACUGCAAUGGAAUCCCGAUGCGCGUGAGAAAGAAUUUGGCCAAUGCUCUGAGGCGACUCCGCCCCCUGCCGGCACAUCGAGUUGGUCCUGAAAAUAGACACUGGGCAUCAGUGGAUGUGUGGAAGGAGAACCAUGUGCUUCACUCAAGCCACAACGCCUGGAAACCUUUUGCAAGAAAUAGGCACGAGCAUCCGAGUCCGUUGGACCCGCUGGACUGUCUCCUGUGGGCUGAUGCUCUCUGCAUCAACCAGAAUGAUUUGGAUGAAAGAGCGGAGCAGGUGAAAUUGAUGGAGGACAUCUACCCUUCUGCGCGGAGAGUUUUACUGUGGUUUGGUGUAGGGGAUACGCAGCCGAUCCCUCACGACCUCGAUGACAAGAGAAGCAAACACUCCGAUGAUCCGCUGUGGAAAGUAGUGCAGGCGGUGUUUUAUCCUACGCGUCUUUUGCAUGGCGGGAUUUCUUUCGCAAAAGAGCGGGUAGCCAGGACAGUACGCCCGACGGUUCAUCUCGGGCAGUUUGGCAGCAUGCCUAUAGUGCUCUCAUUCAUUGCGCAGGCGAUCAGGAACGUGGAGAGGGAAGAGAAGACUGCGCUCGGGCCAAGGGCCAGAGGAGAAGAAAACGAAGACAAUGUCACGCAUGGACUGCCGGGUGCAACGUCGAAAUACUGGCAAUUUGUUCGACAGUUCUUUGAACAACCUUAUUUCAGACGUGUCUGGAUCGUCCAGGAGGUCGUAUUAGCGACACACGCAGUCGCCCUGGUGGGAGAUUGGGAAAUUGAGUGGUCAGCUUUGGGCAAGGCCGCAGCUUCGUUCCUGGAGUAUGGGUACAUGUCACAGUCUGAGCUGCCACAAACAUUACGCGGAGGAACCCUUGCGAACCCGGCCACAAACGCCGCCGAGCUAUGGAAGAUGCAUGAGCAGGGCGUGAGGAUACCUCUUCGCCUACUGCCUAUCUUGAAACUUCUUCGCCAACGAAUGGCAACCGAGAAGGUUGACAAGGUGUUUGCGGCCUUUGGACUAGCUGAGGAAACACGCCGGUCUGGCGAGAUUCCAUGUCACCCGCUAGUGGAAACCACUUAUGCUACGAGCAUCAAAUCGGUUUAUCGUAACGUUGCAAAAUUCCUUAUCAUCAAUAACGGCAACCUCGAAGUCUUGUCGGCUGUGGGAGGCUCUCAAGAGCCUGGACGUGACUGGCCUUCCUGGGUGCCUGAUUGGUCCCGCAAGAAGAUGUCCAUCGACCUCACUGACACCCACCAAGAGAGUUCCUCCCCAUAUGCUGCGGGUGGAAAUGAGUCUCUGACCAUUGGGGACAGCCUCGAUGAGAAUGUACUAUCCUUGAAAGGGAUCGAAUGUGAUAAGAUCAUCGCGUUUAGCACGAAAUUCCGGGUCGGGGCUCUGGAGAAGCAGCCUCCAGGGAAGAGCAUGAUUUCAUCCUAA